CAAAAACAUCUACCCAAACAGCAAUACCAAUUAAUCUAAAAUCUAAUUCAGUUUUAAAUAAUUUCAAUCAACCCGAAAAACAAUCAAAUUUUCCAAAGUCCUUUGCAACACACAACCUUCACUUCAAUUCUGCGCAACAUCCCAAUCAGAUUCAAAGUUCGCGAAAAUAUUCCACCAGCAACACUUCCAGUUGCAUUUGUUCCGUUAAUCAGAGUAGUGGUGGUUGCCUCGCUGUUCUGCUGUCACACACGGGUGUCAAAAAAUUCUCCAAUUCAUUUCAUCAUAAUUUUCGCCAGAAUUUUUCGUCUUCUCCUAUCGUCAAAUCGUCGCAAAACCAAGAAAAUUUAAUUGCAUCCAAUCAAGAAGAAUCUAAUUGUUUGGAAAAUAUGUCGAAAAAAGUAUUUGAACGCCUCCCAAAAUCGGUUUUGCCAUCUCACUAUGACUUGGAAUUGAAACCGAAUCUGGAGGCAUUCACCUUCGAGGGCAAUACAACUGUAAAAGUUAAGAUCAACGAUUCGACGAAUACAAUAGUAUUGAAUGCAUUGGAUCUCAUCAUAAGUAAGAUUGUUGUUACAACGAAUUCGACGAAUGAAAAAUUCGAAACUAAGACCGUGAGUCAUUCACCUGAAAAUGAAACUGUAUCAUUGGUGUUUAAAGAAGAUCUACCCGUUGGCGAUGCCACUUUAUAUAUGGAAUUCAAGGGCGAGUUGAAUGACAAGAUGAAGGGUUUCUAUCGUAGCAAGUAUUUUACACAAUCGGGUGAGGAACGCUAUGCUGGCGUAACUCAAUUCGAAGCUACCGAUGCUCGUCGUUGUUUCCCUUGUUGGGAUGAGCCUGCAAUCAAAGCAACUUUUGAUAUAACCCUAGUUGUACCUGAAGAUAGGGUUGCACUCUCCAAUAUGCCUGUGGUUAAAGAGGAGUCUAUUGGAGCUAACCUCAGACGUAUUCGUUUCGAUCGAACACCCAUCAUGUCAACCUAUCUGGUAGCUGUUGUUGUAGGUGAAUAUGAUUACGUAGAAGGUAAAUCAGAAGAUGGAAUCAUAGUGAGAGUUUUCACUCCUGUUGGCAGAAAGGAACAGGGUUUGUUUGCAUUGGAAGUUGCCACCAAAGUGUUGCCAUAUUACAAGAGUUAUUUUAAUAUCGCCUAUCCAUUGCCCAAGAUGGAUUUGAUUGCGAUAUCGGACUUUUCUGCCGGUGCCAUGGAAAAUUGGGGUUUGGUUACCUAUCGUGAGACUUUUGUCUUAGUCGAUCCUGAAAAUACAUCAUUGAUGCGCAAGCAGUCAAUUGCUUUAACUGUGGGCCAUGAAAUCGCUCAUCAAUGGUUUGGCAAUUUGGUAACCAUGGAAUGGUGGACUCAUUUGUGGUUGAACGAAGGUUAUGCCUCGUUUGUAGAGUUUCUCUGUGUGAAUCAUCUCUUCCCCGAAUAUGAUAUAUGGACUCAAUUUGUAACUGACAUGUAUACACGUGCCUUAGAACUUGAUUCUUUAAAGAACUCUCAUCCAAUUGAAGUUCCUGUGGGCCAUCCAUCAGAGAUUGAUGAAAUUUUCGAUGAAAUUAGCUACAAUAAAGGUGCAAGUGUUAUUCGAAUGUUGCACCAUUAUAUUGGUGAUGAAGAUUUCCGCAAGGGUAUGAAUAUUUAUUUGACCCGCCAUCAAUAUAAGAAUACCAGCACUGAGGACUUGUGGACAGCCUUGCAAGAGGCCAGCAGCAAGCCAGUGGCUGAAGUCAUGUCUUCUUGGAUUAAACUUAAAGGAUUUCCAGUUGUUAGUGUAGAUUCUGUUCAGAAAGGCACACAACGUGUUCUUAAGCUGUCUCAAAAUAAAUUCACCGCUGACGGUUCAAAACCCGAUGGUGAUUACAAGUGGGUUAUCCCAAUCACAGUGUCUACAUCCAAGGACCCUUUGAAGAUUGCCAAGACAUUUUUGUUAGACAAACAAGAAAUGGAAGUUACAUUGGACGAUGUUAAGGAAACCGAUUGGAUUAAAGUCAAUCCAGGAACUGUUGGUUACUACAGGACUAGCUACUCUCCGAAAAUGUUGGAACAGCUGAUGCCGGCUGUUAAGAAUAUGGAACUGCCACCUUUAGAUCGUCUGGGUUUAAUAGAUGAUAUGUUUGCAAUGGUUCAAGCUGGAAAAGCAAGCACUUCUACUGUUCUUGCAUUAAUUGACUCAUAUAGAAACGAGACAAACUAUACCGUUUGGACAGCUAUAUCAAACUCAUUAUGCAAUUUGCAAAUUUUGGUAUCACACACUCCAUUAGCUGAAAACUUUAAUCGGUUUGGAGUUAAACUCUACAAACCUGUGGCCGAACGAUUGGGCUGGGACUCAAAAGAAGGAGAGAAUCAUUUGGAUACACUUCUUCGAAGCUUGGUGCUGGCUCGCUUAGUCUCAUUCCGGUGUAAAGAAACAAUUGCAGAUGGAAAGAAGAGAUUCAAAGACCAUGUUGAUGGAGUAGCAACUCUACCGGCUGAUCUGAGGUCAACUUGUUAUAAGGCUGUCCUAAUGGAUGGUGACGAAUCGACGUUCCAGGAAAUGCUUAAAAUGUACCGUUCAACUGAGUUGCAUGAAGAACAAGAUCGUAUAUCUCGGGCACUUGGAUCAAUUGGGGAUGUAAAAAUUCUUCGUAAAGUCGUUGAUUUUGCUAUGUCGGGUGAGGUUCGUGCUCAGGAUGCAGUUUUUGUUGUUGUUGCAGUUGCAAUGAAUCCCAAGGGACGUGACAUGACCUGGGAGUACUUUAAGGAGAAUUAUCCUAAACUUUUGGAACAAUAUCAGGGUGGAUUUUUGCUUGUUCGUUUAAUUAAGUACUUAAUUGAAAAUUUUGCUUCCGAGGAGAAAGCACUCGAAGUUGAAGAAUUCUUCAGAACCAGAGAUUUUCCUGGCACUGAAAGAACAGUAUCGCAAUCUGUUGAAACAAUCAGAUUAAAUGCUGCCUGGUUAGAACGUGACUUGAAAUCACUUACAGAAUAUCUAUCUAAACAAUAAACUUCCCAAAAACUUCUACAAGCCCAUUCUAACCAAUCCUUUUAAAAAUAUUUAUAUUAUUAUCAAACUAAAAUUGUAAUAUUUAUUCACAACACCCACAUAUGAAGCCAAAGUAUUGAUUCGAAAAAAAAAACAAACGAAAAAAGCCGAACCAAGGAAAGUCACUCGUUAAUGGAGAAAUAAAAAAAAAAGCAUACAACAGCAAAUGAUUAUUAUUCACACACAAUUACUUAUGUUUAAAGCUUUAAAAUACAACGUAAAUAGCCAUAACAAUUAUUUUGCAUUAGAAACAAAAAAUACAUAGUCUGAAAAAAAAAACAAAAACAAAAUAUAAUGUAGACUGGUAGAAUCAGUUUUUGUAAUUUGUACCCCACCCAUUAUGAUUCAUUGUUCAAUUACAUUAUUGUGGCAUUUAAUGUUAGUUUUAUAUUAUAUAGAAGAAAUAAAAUAUUGAUUUUUAGUCAAA